CUGGACUAUGAGCAACCCAGUGCGCACUCUCCUCAUCGUGCUCGCCCUCGCGAGCGCGGCCCCGGUGCCGGCGCCCGAGGAGAAGGCGCUCGGCGACGGCGCCAUCUUCAAGGCCGGCGUCCUCGCCGUCGCCGGCGACAAGGCGGACGCCGCGUCGAUCCUUGCGGACAAGAAGGACGAGGUCAAGCAGGGCCUCAGAGAGGGCAUCGAGGAGUACCACGACUACCAGGACUUCAAGGAGCAGCGCCGCGAGCAGGAGCAGGUCCGGCAGCCGGAGCGGCCGUACGGCGCUGAGGCUGCCAACCUCGACCAGCAGCGCCUCGCGCCGGAGGAAAAGGAGCUGGGCGACGGCAAGAUCCUCGGCGCUGCCAUGCUCGGCAUGAUGGGCGACCGGCAGGGCGCGGCGCACAUCCUCCACCACAAGGCCGAGGAGGUGGCGGACGCCAUGUCGGGCGACGACCGCACGCCCGGCCGCUGGGACGAUGGCCGGCGCCGCCCUGAUGGGACUCUGCCCACUGGCACGGCGGCCGCUGGGACUACAGCUAUGCAUGAGGGGACAGGCGCGGCCUAG